UAAAUUCAAGAUGCAGUUCGUGCAAUAACAGCAUCGAGACAAGACUACAAGCCAGGAGAUGCUGAUUACCAUAAUUGUAUCAUCCAUAAUAAUAUCCGCAUUUAGCAAUGCUAACGAGACAUAUUCAAUUCACAUCGAUUACUCGUCAUCGGAGGCAAAAAUUGAGCCGUUCUGGCAAAGCACAGGAUUCUCCCCUCCUAAGGGAGAAGUUGACACAUAUUUAUUAUCGCAGGACUCUAAAACCAAUAUUGCCAUCAUUGGCGCCUUACCAAAUCGAGGGAUCAAACAAAUUCGGGUUCAUUGGUUGUUAGAUCUUAUCAAGACUGACAACUCGGACUUCAAUUACGUAAAUUUGGAUCUCGUUUUGGAUUGGAUGCAUUUUCAAAGUUUAUCACCAAGGUUUGAGCUCAUGGGCUUUCCGAAUAACUUGUUCAGUAAAAAUGUUAAGAACGUAACUACAUUUUGGUCUCAUUUCACCGAGACAACUGUUAAGAGAUAUAUUGAUAGAUAUGGCUUAAAUAUUGUAGAAAAAUGGAGUUUCGAAACAUGGAACGAACCCGACUUGAAAAUGUAUAAUAUUUUAAAUUAUACGUUGAAUGAGUACAAAUCCUACGUAUUUGGUUGUAGAAAGGGCUUGGAUAAAGCUGUAAAGAAGAAUGACAGCGUGCUGAGAUUGGGCGGUCCGGCAGGUGUAUUCAAGGACUUCGUGCAUCAUCCCUUGUGCUGGGGGUUGCUAGAGAUGUGCAACUCAAUCAGGGACUGUCCUUUGCAAUACAUUUCGUUCCACAAGAAGGGAGAUGGAUCGGCCGGACGGUUGGUCUCCAAGGACCUUCAGUUUCUCGAUCACUUCCAUGAAACGUAUCCGAAUCUGAAGCACAUCCCGAUAGCGAACGACGAAGCGGAUAUUUUAACAAACUGGUCAUUGGAGGAGGAAUGGCGGGCGGAUGCCAAAUAUGCAGCUUUGGUAGCUAGAGUUAUAAUUGAACAUUACAGGGAAGUUAUUCAGAAAAGAGGAAUUGCUAUUGAAAUACUUAGCAACGACAAUGGUUUUAUGAAUUACAAUCCGCAUUUUUUUACGCAACGCACAUUAUUAGCAAGGUUUCAGAUGAAUAACACGAUUCCACCUCAUACGCAAUUUUUCUUCAAGCCCGUUUACUCCGUUAUGGGAUUGUUGUCCUAUUUAAAAGGGCAUUCGGUUGCCAUCAACAAGACGUCGCCUCUAAUAAAUGCUAUAGCGUCGCGUACUCGCCGAACUUUUUCCGCUCUGGUCGUCUACUCCAACGAGACCGAAGCUGACUUUUCCGAUACAACAAUUCGCAUUACUCUGAAGAACCUUUCAGUGAACUGUAAAUACGUCAUUUAUACCAUCAACAAUUUAGAGACGAAUCCGUAUUCCGUAUGGAACGCGGCCGGAGCUCCGGUCUACCCCGAUACAGAUCUUCGUUGGAAAAUGCGUAGUCAACAGCUGCCUUUCAGGGUCUUGGGUCCGGACAGCGCGAAUUCCACCAAUCUUGAAAUAGUUUUAAACAUUACAAUGCCUUCAGUCUAUUUGAUUCACGCUUGUAAUUCUAGUAUCAAAGCGCCUGGACCGACAACCCAUCUCCAGGUGAGGAUGGUGCAGGAUAACGAAGUUCUUCUAAUUUGGAAAGACGACAGAGUUAAAUCUAGAUGCAUCAAGACUUAUGUUGUCGAGUUCUGUGCCGGCAGCGAAUACACCAGGAUUAAUGAGAUGGAUGUUAUAUUUCUCUCGUAUCAGUACGAGCUGCCAGGAGAUGUAGGAUUGCGCGGAUGGUUUCGGGUGAAAGCCGUCGAUUACUGGAACAGGAGCGGCCCUUACUCGGACCCCGUUUAUUAUCAGGAAUAAAAUUGCAUUCACAUGCGAUUCUUUCAGUGCUUUUUAGUUAUUUUUUGCUUAAUGACAACACAAAAUGUUCAAUCAAUUAAUACAAUGGAAAUGUAGAUAAUGUAAAUAGCCAUAAUAAAAUAGAUAAAUAUGAAUUCGUUU